AUAUAAACGUCGCAUCAAACUAAUGGCAACUUUAGUAAUCGGUGGAACUGUUGAUGGUUAUGGAUCUGGAAAACCAGGACCACCAGGGCAUAGAGGCCCAAGAGGAGCUAAAGGAGAUAAAGGUGACACAGGAGCUGCGGGGGCUCAAGGAGAUACGGGUCUUAGAGGACCAAAGGGAGAAAAAGGUGAUACAGGAGCUACAGGAGCUCAAGGAGCUAAGGGAGAUAAAGGGUCUCAAGGACCUAAAGGACCUCAGGGACUUCAAGGACCUCAAGGUCUAACAGGUACUAAAAGAGUAUCGGGGUCUAUAAGGGCUGCAGGACCUCGAGGGCCUAAAGGAGAUACUGAAGCCACAGGACCGCAAGGGCCUAAAGGAGAUACUGGAGCCACAGGGCCUCAGGGGCCUUCAGGACGUCAAGGACGUCAAGGACAACCAGGAGCUGAUGGGCUUAAAGGAGACCAAGGAGAUCAACCGGUUUUAAACUCUCCUACUGGAUUCUACCCCCAGGUAUGA